CAUCGCGAUCAGACGCCCGUUCGUAGUGGCUCGCUCGCGAAUCCUCCGUCUGCGGGUUACCUUAAGGAGAAGUGGAGGAGUAGAGAGGAAUCUAAUAGCCGUAAGUGCAGUGACGGCGGCAGUAGACAGCGGAACACGUAAAUGGUGGAGCGGGGACUGUCCGCUGUAGAGAUUAGAACCGGAAGAAAGUGUCGUGGCUGAUUGAUGACUGGACGGAAACUGUCGACGUGUCUUGCAUGUUGCGUGUGUCGCCGAGUGACGUCCAAAUCUGGAAUAUUCGUUGUGUGGUGUCCGGCGGGAAGUGAGAAGUGCGGACGGUAUUAAAGUUACCUCCGACGCAGGAGGGGAGGUAUUCUGAUUGUGGCUGGAAGUGUUCAAAACCGUGUAUCGUGAUUAAAGAUAACGGAGAUGACCGGGUGAGCCGUGUGGAAUUUGGUUUGAUUUUUUGUGCUUUAAAGAAAAUCGACAAAUUGUGAGAAAAAGGUUCCAAGAUUCGAGGGAAAAUCAUUCAGCCAUAUUUGAGUUGCUUAACUUUUCGUUUGCUGUCUUGUUCUCGCCUGAAAGGAGUCGCUCAGUGGGUACGGUGGUGAGAAAGAGCACGGAAGAUACGUGAUCGGAAUGUGGUGCCUGUGAGGCUUACAAUCCAGUGAGUGUAUUUAUUUACGGGUGUAGCUUUUCGGCAGUGUUGGUGUCCCAAGUGCACGGAUUAAGACCCAGCGCAAGAAUCGUAGCGGUGUGCUAGUGUGGUUUUCUUCCUCCUCGUCCACUGGAUAUUCUCGGAUAAGUGGCCAUUGGUUUCGCACCGCUGGAUACCUGUUGUGGACAGACACGCACUGUCUUGAAGCGAAACGGAGGAAACGAAUAAUAAGUUUUGAUUCUUUGAUUGCUAAGAAGAAGUGUGUUCUUCUGAAGCAGAACCUCGACCGUUCUUAUGAAAGUUCGGAACAUGGGCGACUCGACGCCUAUCUGUCGCUGUCGUGUACUAUAUCUCGGUAGCGCUGUACCUCGGCAGAGUAAGGAUGGCCUCCAGGGAAUCCAGGAGCCGCUCAGAAGCCUUUACCCUUCAGAAGGAGCAAUCGGUGCCAAAGGGAUCGAUUCCUGGCUAAGUGUUUGGUCCAACGGAAUACUGCUGGAAAAUGUGGAUGAGAAUCGCAAACAGGUUACCAGAUUCUUCCCAAUCGAUUCCCUGCACUACUGUGCUGCGGUUCGGCAGGUUCUGAUCCCGGAGCGAGGCAAUAACAAUCCGGAACCAAAGUUCCUUCCUCUGGAUUCGCCAUUCGCGCGGACACCUCGCGCUCAGCAUCCGCCGAUCUUUGCAGCGAUCCUGAGGCGAACAACCGGAAUCAAGGUGCUCGAGUGUCACACGUUCAUUUGCAAACGGGAAGCGGCGGCCAAUGCGUUGGUGCGUUGCUGUUUCCACGCCUACGCGGAUAACUCGUACGCACGCCAACUUGAAGGUUCCGGCAGCGGAAGUUCAAACAGCGUCUACGGAACGAUCGGUGGAAAAUCCAACGGCACGGCAGAAGGUGGCUGGCGAUCACGUGCCGGCAGUACCACGACGCUGAACAGCGUCGGUGUUAACAGUCGGCAGGCAAUUAACGGCGUUGGCGAGGCGUAUACGGUGAAAAAUCUAUAUGCUAGUAGCGCCGACCUCGAAGUGGUGGACGACGGAGACGAAGGAUCGCUGUACAAUGGUGACGAGAACCACAAGGUUUGGAAUGGUUCAACCGAUCAGAUCGAUGGAAUCGGCGUGGGUGACAGUGGCCAUUAUGAUAUUUACUCCGGGACCGGGUCGACGCUGGGACGCCCCGUCCGGGCACGACAGAUCAGUGCUCCAAUACCGGUGCCACCGCCGCCGAAGGAAGAGCUGAAGAAGCUGAAGAAAGAAGCGAAGAAACAGUCCAAACAACAGAUUCAGGUAGGAAGUCAAAGUCUAUCUGGCACGCUUAUAAGACCCCGACCAAUGCACAUGAAUCCACUAGGUCGACCCGGACCGCCCCCACCACCAAUCGGAGGUCCCGGAGGUCAUCCGGGCAUGAUGAUGUACUCACUAGGUCCACCACCCCCACCGCCACACGGUUGGCGCCAGUUCCACACCAUAGGUCAUCGCAGUCACAACGGAUCCGGCAUGCCGCCGAUGAUGCACCAUCAAAUUCAAAUGCACCCGGGAAUGCAUCCGGGAUUGGCGAUGGUACCUCAGCAAUACGCAACCCUGCAGCAUCCUCGAAGCAGCAAGAAGAAGAAAGACAAAAACAAGAUGAACGGUGGCAUUCCGAUUGGCGUUCCGGUGGUGCCACCGAUCUUCGCCUACCCGCCCCAGCCCGGAUCGGUCCUGGAGCCCCGGCCGCUCUCGAUGAGCAAUCGAAAACUAGCACAAUCCGCCGCCGCCGGACUGGACGAAUCGGGUAACUCGGGAGCGGAAUCACCCGGCGGCACCGGUAUCUACCGUCGCAAGGGACACCUCAACGAGCGGGCCUUCAGCUACUCGAUCCGACAAGAACACCGGAGCCGAAGUCACGGCUCGCUAGCUAGUCUACAGUUCAAUCCACCCGAUAUGAAGAAGGAGCGGGAGAUUGCUCAGAUGGUUGCCGGGCUAGAGCUGAGUGACGAGUCGACGCUCCAGCGGAGGCGCUCCGAGGUGAUGGCCGGAUCGUCCGGAACGUUCGGUAAACCGCGGAGAUGAGCAAGGCCCCCGCGAGGGUGAUGAAGACAGGGGGAAGCGGGCAAGUGGGAGGUGCCGUAUGUGUACAGAUUUUUUUUUACGGAAAACAAGUUGUUUUUCAUAAUAUUAGUGCGGUGGUAGGAGCGUUCGAGAGGGAUUCCAUGAGUCUGAGAGAGCGGGUGUAUGCAAUUGGUGUAGCUGGAGGUAAGGUAGGGGGUGUAUAGUGGAUGGCGGACACGGGUCGAUGGAGGGGUGAGAAUCUUGUUUGAUAUGUCUGUUUAGUGAAACAAAUUUUCCAUCUUUUAAAAUACAUCUUGU